AGAUGAUGAGCUGCGCAAACCCUUACUGUCUGACAUGUUCGAAGAGAUUCUCCAAGAGAACAAUCCAAAUACCAGUCAGAAGACAAGCUCAACAGCUCAACAACUGGAUGCUUUUCUAUCAGAAGUCCCCAUCCCCAGGAGCAAUAACCCUCUCGGAUAUUGGAGGGCCAAUCAAGGCCGCUUUCCCCACCUGGCACAGACGGCACGCAGAUACUUGUCUGCUCCAUGCACAAGCACUGAUAGCGAGAGACUGUUUAGCGCUGCUUCUCCCGUCAUCGAUGAGAAGAGGAACAGACUUUCAUGUGACAAAGCAGAGAAGCUCCUUUUCAUCAAGAAGAACCUGCCACUUUUCCUGAAGUAGACUUAAUUUAGUUUAUUAAAGUUGCCUGUUAUUUAAAUACACUGUCAGAAAUAGGGCACUGCCCCAUUUGUGUUCAGC